CGAACCAAUCCGAGUUCCGAUAGGUGGACCGCCAUAGUCACCGACUAAAACAAAAACCUUCGAGCACGUUAAUCUUGGAAGACGACGACGAAGAAGAAUUAACGGAAGAAGAAACAACUCAGAGAGAGAUGAAUAGUCCACCGGAGAACGAUCUUUGCUCGAUAUGUCAUUCCCACUUCACCGCUCCUUGUCAAGCCAAUUGCUCCCAUUGGUUCUGCGGUAAUUGCAUCAUGCUGGUGUGGACGCAUGGAUCUAGUACAUUACAGCCAUGUAAAUGCCCCUUGUGUCGUCGUCCAAUUAGUUUACUGGUUCCUUCAGAGGACACAAUCAGAGACCGCAAUGACGGUUCAGUUGCUGAGGUCCUUGGUAAGCUUGAAACGUACAACCGACUCUUUGGUGGCCGAUCAAGUAGUUUAUUUCAGAGGAUGCAAGACCUUCCCUUCUUACUACGGAGGUUGUUGCGGGAAAUGAUGGAUCCACAAAGAACGCUUCCACUUGUCAUUAGAGCUCGGGUUUAUAUCGCAAUGUUUCUCAGUUUUGUUUACAUUGUCAGUCCAAUAGAUCUCAUUCCAGAAGGAGUUUUGGGGAUAGUCGGUUUGCUUGAUGAUCUUCUCAUAGCCCUGAUUAGUUUCCUCCAUGUUGCUGCCCUGUACCGCUCGGUUCUCUAUUUCCGUCAUGCCGGUUCGUGAACCAAAGAAUGUUUUCGACAUUGUGUCGCACUUUAGAGAUGUACUUACCUUUUCUUCUGUCUUUGAUCCUUUCCCUUUACAAAUACACAAUUGUUCUGUGUGGCCAAGGAAAACAAAAAUGUGUGAUGAUAAGAUCACAGCACGAAAAGCUUGGAACCACAUAUCAAUCAUCUUCGUACCACUUUCUCUACGCUAGUCUUUUUGACCUUUCCA